CAACCUGGGCCAGGGGACUGCGCAUGCGUGCAGAAAGCCCUGGGAGACCAAUUUCACCAGCCGCUCCUAGAAAGGGCAACGGGAAGCCUAGAAAGCUGUUUGAGUCACUGCUACUCCAGCUUAAUUUUACCGUUAGUUUUUUAGUUUUUGAAACAGAAAAACCUUACUUAGUUUUGCCAUUAGGUGGCAGAAUAUUGCAGCCGGUUUUUUUUUUUUUGUUUGUUUGUUUUGUUUUUUCCCAGUUACUGCUUAGUUUUUGUGCUGGGUUUAGUAGCUACUUGUGAAAGCAAACUAGAGCGCUGCGGAGGGUAAAGAAUUUGAACUGUACUCAACUUAAGAUCUGUAUACUCUUUGAGAUAAUGUGCUGUGAUUAAAAAAAUCUUUUUUUCACUGAAAGAAGAAACAGCUAGUGAAGUCAAGAAAUGGCUCAAGGUCUCUUAUGGCCUCUUGACUUCAUUGACUCAACUGCCAGGAAAAUCAGUUAAAAAUUGAGGGCAUUUUUUGGAGGCAGAGAACAAGCUGACACAGAAUGAGAGCUGGAAACUAGCAUUAAGAGAUUAUCUAUUCUAGCCUGGGGAGGUGGCAGCCGCUUUUAAUCCCAGGACUCCGGAAGCAGAGGCAGGCUUGGUCUACUUGGAACAGUGAGCAGAAUGAACACAUCCCUGGAACAGAGUGGCUGCUACAGUAGUAGAGAAACACUUUUGAGGUGCAGUGAUGCGAGGAGGGAGCUGGAGCUUGCUAUUGGUGGAGUACUCCGGGCUGAACAGCAAAUUAAAGAUAAUUUACGAGAGGUAAAAGCUCAGAUUCACAGCUGCAUAAGUCGCCACCUGGAAUGCCUUCGGAGCCGUGAGGUGUGGCUCAAUGAACAGGUAGAUCUCAUCUAUCAGCUUAAAGAGGAGACACUGCAGCAACAGGCUCAGCAGCUAUAUUGGCUAAUGGGACAAUUCAAUUGUCUUAUUCAUCAACUGGAGUAUACCCAGAACAAAGAACUUGCCAAUCAAGUCUCUCUGUGCUUGGAGAGACUGGGCAGUUUGGCUCUUAAGCCUGAAGAUUCAACUGUCCUACUCUUUGAAGCAGAUACAUCUGCUCUACGCCAGACCAUCACCACAUUUGGAUCCCUCAAGACCAUUCAAAUUCCUGAGCAUCUGAUGGCUCAUGCUAACUCUUCAAGUAUUGGGCCUUUCCUAGAGAAAAGAGGGUAUAUCCAGGUGCCAGAGCAGAAGUCAGCAUCCAGUGGCACAGCUGUCUCUCUCAGUGAGUGGCUUCUUGUAAGCAAACCUGCCAUUGGUCCUCAGGCUCCUUCUGUACCCAGUAUGAACCCACAGGACUGGCUUAUCCCAAAACAGACCUCUGAGAGUAGUCAGACUUCUGCCAGAGCCUGCAGUCAAUUCAGCAAUGCCUGGGGCAAUCUGAAGGGCUUAGAAAACUGGCUCCUUAACAGUCAUCAACAAGAUAUUUCUGGAAAACCAAGUUCCUCAAAAUGUAACAGCCAUUAUAGCACCGGUUCUUUCUCUAUUGAAGUUGAAAAGGCUGAAGAUGUAGAGCUCCUUGAUCAAGAUGAACUGGACCUGUCUGAUUGGUUGGUGACUCCUCAGGAACCCUGUGAGCUGGAGAACCCUGUGAAUGACAGCUGUGAAACCAGUGAGAAGUUUAAACUCUUGUUCCAGGUGUUCAGAGAGCCCUACAAUGUGAGUGAUUGGCUUGUCAAGCCUGACUCCUGUACCAACUGUCAGGGUAACCAGCCCAGAGGUGUGGAGAUUGAGAACCUGGGCAAUCUGAAAUGCCUGAAUGACCACUUGGAGGCCAAAAAAUCAGUGUCGGUCCCCAGCGCAAUCACCGAGGGCUGGCUUGCCCAGAACCAUCAGGACACAUGUAAAGUAGAGGAAGUAUGCAAAGCCAACGAGCCCUGCACCAGCUUUGCAGAAUGUGUGUGUGAUGACAACUGUGAGAAGGAAGCGGUGUAUAAAUGGCUUCUGAAGAAGGAAGGAAAGGACAAGAAUGGAAUGCCUGUGGAACCCAAGUCUGAGCCUGAGAAACACAGAGAGUCCCUGACUCUGUGGCUCUGCCCUUCCAGAAAUGAGCUAACAGAACAAGCUAAGACACCUAAGGCUAUGACUCCUGCUAGACUUGCUGAUUCCUUCCAGGUCAUAAAGAAUACUUCCUUGUCACAGUGGCUUAUUGGGCCUACCUGCAAAGGAGGUCCUAAGGAAGUGCCUAGUAUGGAAGAGAGAGCUGGCAAAGAAAUGCUUAAAAGCCCCAUGGCCACUUCCUGGUGUCCUUUUAACACUGCUGACUGGGUCUUACCAGGAAAGAAAGUGGGAAGCCUCAGCCAGUUCUCCUCUGGAGAAGAUAAGUGGCUACUUCGAAAGAAGGCACAGGAAGUAUUUCUUAAUUCACCUCUACAAGAAGAACGUAACUUUCGCUCAGAUUGUUAUGGCCUCCCUGCAGUUUGUGAUCUCUUUGCCUGUAUGCAGCUUAAAGUUGACAAAGACAAAUGGCUGUACAGAACUCCUCUACAGAUGUGAAGGAAUGGACUACUAGAACUUUCCUACAGAUUAUCGCACAUCCUUGAGCUGAGUGACUGCGACUUGCCAAAUCAUUGUGCAUUCCAAGCCUGACUAGUCAGCUUAGUUCCUCUCCUGCUUAGUUUUGAACUAGUAAACAGAAAUCAUAAUCUAUGAGUUAAGUCUGUGAAAGAGGCUUGAAGUGAAUGUGAUUCAUUCUUAUGAUCACCUCCCAUACUAGAAACCACAUCCCAGUACACAGGCCUUUACCAGCUUCUACAGCAAACACUAGUUUUAAAAGUGAAAUAUUUCUGUAUCAAGUAUGUGUUCAAGUUAGUAAAGUUCUCUAACAUUUGUCUUUUAGCUCUUUCUCUUGUUACAGGCUUCUAGUGAUUUGAAUUUUUUUUCCUGUUCAGUUGAUAUACAGAAUAUUUCACACAAAUAAUUAACCUUGCCAAUACAGUAUAUUUUUCCCUACUAAAUGUCUAUUAGUUCUAACAUUUCUCAUUUGGAAAAAAAUUAAGCUACUACAAUUGCCUUUAUUUCUUUCCAAGUAUCCAGUGAGCUCUUUGAAAAGGACUUUGUUUUAAGACCACUCUAAGGGAAGUUAGAGCCCCUAAUGUCCUACAAACCUUGGCUUUAACUAAAGAACCCUAAAGCAGAAACGUAAAAUGUGUUAGGAAUGUUAAUACCUGAACCACUCAUCACCCUAAGGAUUUUUUGGUGCAUCCUGUGUAGAUGGAAGCUGAGCUUGACACCUGGUGCUCUUAACUAGGGAUAAAGUCAAUGUCCUGUCAUUUCAAGCACAGCAUCCUGAACCUCCAAAAAGUACAGUGCAGUGACAUCUUGAUUAACAGGCUGUGUUCAACACUUGUGCCUUGGAGUGUUUCAUUGAAACUUCACAGAACUGACAUCCUUGAGUUAUGGCUGUAUUUUAGAAAGUUUCUGUAUAGGAGAGUAGCAGGAUUUUACAAUUCUCCAGGAUAACUUAGCUGCUUUCUGUGCUUUGAACUAUUAAUAUUAAGCCUCUGAAAUGCCUAUGAUAUUGGAAGUACUUUUGGGAAAAUUUUAUGGUCCCAUAGUGACAUUACCAUACAGCUUUACUAAAGCUUCAAAUCAUAGCUGAAAAGAGCCUCAUAUUUUCUUAUGUCCCCCUAGAUGCCACUGAGUAUUAUAAAGUUGGUAGGUAAAAACAAUUUAAGGAACCUUUCCAACAUUUUAGGUUGCAGGGAACUUUGUAGUUUCUUUUUUGAGGUCUCACACACUGUAUUCACAUUAUUAAAAAUAAUUUAAGUUAAUCACUAUUGCUAAUGAUAUAUAAAACUUUCUUUUGCAUUGAUUAAGUUUUAUAUCUCUAUUAAAAAGCAUAAUGGCCACA